GUCCAGGGACCUGUGGAUCCAUAUACACUGUGAUAUAGGCAUCAUGGGUGAUAGCCUAGGGUCCAGAAGAAUGGAGAUAUUCAUGGCUGGUUCUUGUAGUGCUUUCUUAUUAGUAGAUGGGGCAGGUGGGUCUGGCAUCAGUCCCCGGCCGAAACAACUACGUGGCCAUCAAGGGAAUCACCAAGACAGGGGACAAUGCAGCGACCCUGCAGAGAGAGAGACGGAUCCUCAUGCUGGCCCGAGACUGCCCGUUCCUGUGUCACCUGUAUGCUGCACAGCAGUCUCAGGACCAUGCAUUCUUCAUCACCGAGUACCUGUCCGGCGGCAGCCUGGAGGCUUUACUCAGAAUGUGCAGCUGUCUGAACACCGACAACGUAAGAUUCUACACAGCAGAGAUUGCAUGCGGCCUCCAGUUCCUUCACGGACAUAACAUCGUCCACCGAGAUAUCAAGCCAGAUAACAUCAUGCUGGAUAGAGAUGGACACAUCCGCAUCAUAGACCUUGGAGUUGCCCAAGAUGGCGUCACCUCUUCCAACAAGAUCAAAGGAGUGACGGGCACGUUACCAUACAUGGCCCCAGAGGUGCUCCAGAGGAAGAUGUACUAUGCAGCAGUUGACUGGUGGAGCCUGGGGAUUGUUGUAUCCCGGAUGUCAGCAGGACGUUCCCCAUUUUACUUUGGCUGCAACAGAGAAAUGGCUUGCGAUUCCAUCACCAGAGAGAAGCCUAAUAUUCCAUCUGUGCUCCCUGCUGACCUGAAACAUCUGAUCAAGAAACUGCUGCGUAAGAAUCCUGAGAAGCGGCUUGGUGUGAACAGGAACAUCAGAGACCAUCCAUUCUUCACCACCAUCAACUGGGAGGAACUGGAGCAGAAGAGAGCACAGCCGCCAUUUACACCAUUCAAGCCAGCUCUGAAGAAUGGAGACCUGCCGUGGCCAGAGGAAGAGACAGCCCUUCACCCCUUGGAAGGAUUCUCUUUCAUUGCUCCAAGCUGGGCCUGUUAACAUCAGCCCAUGGCCACGGCCCAGAGCUCUGUGCCCCCUGACCCAUGCCUCUGCUGCUGUAUUAGACCUCGGCUUGUCUAUAACAUCCUCUCUAUACCAUCUGAAUGCUGCAGAUUUCCAUCAAGUUGUUACCCUGGAUCUUAGCUCCACAUCCUCCACAGCCUCUGAAGACCCUCUGUACCCCAGAAGCGGCCUGUGCUUGUAACAUCUCAGCACAGACCUGGUAAGUAUCACACAUCAUCACACAUACAUUAGGAUCACACACAUACAGGUAGAUAGAAAUAUACACACAGGUACAUACAUAGAUAGUAUAGACACAUACACACAGACACACACAACAGAUAGCGGUAGAUAUCGGCUUUGAUCCUGGGACUUGUUCCGAUCGCCAUAUUUGGGGUCAGGAAGGAAUUUUUCUCCUUUGAGGACAAUUGGCUCAUUCUUUAAGGGGGUUUUUGCCUUCCUUGGGAUCAUUCCAGCCAUAAAUAAGCAACAUAACAUAAUGUAAAAAAAUAAAUUAAUAAUAAUAAAAAAGUGUUAUAUAUGAAUAUAUAAAAAAAAAUACAUAAUAGUUUACCAUACUAGAUAGGUCAUGUACUGGCUUUUGAUCCUGGGACUUGUUCCGAUUGCCAUAUUUGGGGUCAGGAAGGAAUUUUCCCCCCUUACAUAAGGAUAAUUGGCUCUUUCCUCAAGGGGGUUUUCGCCUUCCUUUGGAUCAACACAGUAUAUAAAAAAGCUUUGCUUUUACAUUUAUACAUUACACAUAGCAAAAUAAAACAUAACACACAUUUCUAAAAUUUGCAGAAUCCCAGUAUCCCCUUCCUGUAACUAUAUAAACUAAAUAAAAUGUCCUUUUUCCCCUUUA